AGGAAGUGCUGAGACAGGAGUUCUUUGCGGCAGCGGUGCUGGCUGUCUGGUGAUGCGGUUUGUCCGCCACUUGCAGAACCUUAUUAAUUGCUCAGUUUCACAGUUUCUGUGCGGUCGGCGUAGGGCUAUAAUAUUCAGUAAGACUGCGAGGGCAGCCAGCGGCAGGAACAUGACGGAAAGCAUGGGGCAGAGGAUGGUGUGGGUGGAUCUGGAGAUGACUGGACUUGAUAUUGACAAAGACCACAUUAUUGAGAUGGCCUGUCUUAUAACAGAUUCUGAUCUCAAUAUUCUUGCAGAAGGGCCUAAUUUGAUAAUUAAGCAACCGGAUGAGUUACUGGAUGGCAUGUCUGAUUGGUGCAAGGAGCAUCAUGGGAAGUCUGGCCUUACCCAGGCAGUGCGAGACAGUAACAUUGCAUUGCAACAGGCAGAAUAUGAGUUUCUCUCUUUUAUCAGACAGCACACUCCUCCUGGCCUCUGCCCUCUUGCAGGGAAUUCUGUGCACGCUGAUAAGAAGUUCCUUGACAAAUAUAUGCCCCAAUUUAUGAGACAUCUGCAUUACAGGAUAAUAGAUGUCAGUACCAUCAAAGAACUCUGCAGACGUUGGCAUCCUGAAGAGUAUGAACUGGCACCAAAGAAAGCUGCUUCUCAUAGAGCACUGGAUGAUAUACGAGAGAGCAUCAAGGAGUUGCAGUACUAUAGGGAGAGCAUUUUCAAAAAAAAUGCAGAUGAGGAAAAGAGGAAGAUCCUAGAAAAUGGAGACGUUGCCAAAGCGAACUCUGUUACUGACAAAUAAUUCAUUUUUUCUCUGCCUAUUUAUACACUCACAACUGGGGCCCCCACUUAAGAGCAAGAAAAAGCCUCAGAGUAACCUUUUAAGGGCCACUGAAACAAGAUGACAUGUUCCAGUUCAUGAACAGAAAAAUGCUGUUAAUUUGAAAUAAAGCUACAUUUUUCAGGCAAGCCGUAGACUUCACACAAAAAAAACCCCACCUGUUUUAGUUAAAUUUUUAAUGAGAACCCCCCCUCCGCAUAUCCCAGAAUGAUACAGUAUGAAUCCAUAUUGAGGAACUACACCUUAAAGACACAUAACAAGAAUAAUUAUAAUAGACAGUGAUGAGAAUGCAAGUCUCUAAUGUGCAAUGUCCUAAGUGGCACUUAAUUAACUUAGGUAAUUGUGUUUUACGUUCACAUAACAGCGACUGAGAGAUUGAUUUGUUUUCAGGGUUUCUUACUUUUGCAAAACAAAUAGUUGCCAGCACACGUAGUAAAAUAGCAGGUCUUUGGUACAUUACUUUUUAGUUCAAACAGGUUCUCUCUAUAUUUUUAUUAUUUUACCAACAUGCUAAAAAAAAGUUUUAGAUAGCAGAGAUGUAACUGUACCAUUUGUACGACUAAUUUAUGUCCUGCUGUGAGUGCACAAGGGAACACUUAAAGUGAUGGUAAACUUUCCCCCUUGUAUUAACAGAUCAAGAAUGCAAACAAUAUUUUAGAUGGAGUUAAAUUCAUUGGUUGUAAGGAAGAUACGCUUUAACAUACUUUUUGAUGUAGCGCUGAAAUUCAAAUACUCUACGCUCUGGCCACCCACUUCAAAACAAUUUUUUUUGUGAGCUAACAGUUUGAACUGUACUUCAAACAGUGCUCUAGCUACAAAAAAAAUGUAAGUGCCAUAUGGCUAGAGUCCCGAUUGGAGGACAAUUUAAAUCACUGGCUCACAAAAAAAAGAAAAAUACUCUUGAAGUGGGUGGCCAUAGUGUGGGGUAUUUGAAUUUCAGUGCUAUAUUAAAAAGUAAGUUACAGCAUAUCUAUAUUACAACUGAUUAAUUAAACUCUAUCUAAAAUAUUUUUACAUUCUGGAUCUGUUUAUACAAAGGAGAAAGAUUACCAAGAUGGAGAUAGUUCUAUGUUGUGUUUGAUUUCAAAGGAAUCUGUUUCUAGAGUUAUGUUAAAGAUAGCUGAAAGUGUAAACACAUUUGUACAUGUGGUUUCAAGCAGGAUGUGCAUUAAAUCCAUAAGUUUAAAACAAAAAAAUAUAGUCUUCAAUUAGAUGAACAUUUUACUCAUUGCAAUGUUAGUUCGGGAUAUGCAAAUUGUAUUUCUUUCAUGUAAUUGUAUUUUUUGCGGCUUCACUACAUCCAAAGUUUAUAUCUCUGUUUAAUAAUUUCACCAAGGACCAGCAUGACUAGUUAUCAGCUCUUGAUUCCUAGGAGCCACUCUGCAAAGUUUAUUUGGAGAUUGUUGUAACAAUAUAUUGCUCUUUUACAAGCAAAGGUUAUUUUUAUUGUUUGUCUUGAACUAUAAUAAACUAUUUUUCUUACAGAUGUGCAGAUUCAGUAUAAGAUUUUUCCACUUCAGUGUGGUAGUCUUGCAGAAAAUAUUUUUUAAUGAAAAUAAAUCGGUAACUAUGUUAAACACCUGAACAAAGAAUUAGGUAUUUGUAAUAUAUUUAUUGGGAGCCUCUUGUGCCAAAACAUGAACUUUAUAUGUUCUAGGAUUGCAGACAAAUCAUUCUAGAAAACUGUAGUAACUAGAUAAAGGGACAAUCAAAACAAAUUUGGAAUCCACAUGGAUGCAUUUCAGUUUUGAAUAGAAGCAUUUUUGUAAUAUACAAAUGCAUGGGACAAGCAUAAGGCUAUCCUACGAACUAGAUAAGUUUAUACUGUUAGGUAAGGUCGGGCAGACUUGCUGGGCCUAUGGCUCUUAUCUGCGGUCAAUAUCUAUGUUUCUAUAUUAGCCAUAAUGCUUCUAAUAGAAGCUAUAGCUGUUUCACAAGUGUAUUUAAGUAUGCUUCAUGCAUCAGCAUUUUAAACACAUCAGUUGCUUAGAGAGCCUGGUAAUGACUCAAUUUGUUCAUUGCUGACAUGAUACAAGCCCCACUGGCUCUAUGAGAAGCUGCUGUUGUAUUUAAGCCUUAUAUCCUAUAUUUCCACUUUGAAUUGUUUCCUAUUGGCAUAUUUUGAUGUCUCUGUUCUAUUUGUUUGAUGCUUUAUGGUGUUAAUGUUGCAUUAGUGAAUCAAGACAAUAAAAAAGGGGUUUACUAUA